UGGCAUCUAGAAUCGGCGGCGGUACUUACUCGUCAGUUAGGACAAUGGGAUGGGCUUGCUUGGCUGGCUCAGAAAGCCCCUGGAUAGCCAAAGCUUAUUCUCCCGAUCUUCCGGUGCUUUAAUUUUAUUCAUUUUCCAACGUCGAGUCUAUUUUGUCGGCUUCCGAUGUCUCAAUCACCUCUCGCCAGCUCGAUAUGGGAGUUCAAUUACUCCCUGAGGUAGUUGGCGUGGCUAUUAUCGUUCUUGUCUAUUCGUUCUUGUGCCUUGGAGCCAGUUGUGUUAUGAUAUGGUUGGUUUGGACGCACCAUGAAAGAGACAGCUAUGUCGCGCUACUUUCCUACUCCACGCUGCUUGGAACCAUUGGGAGUAUUAUCCAGCAAUUUCAUACAUUCAUUUGGUGGAGAGAUGUUAAAACAGAGCAAUAUGAAUACACCCUUAGACAUCUUGGCAGCCCGGAAAUAGCCAUCGCGGGAGCGUCAUUCGGUCUCGAUCUUGUUCUCUUCUAUAUACAAUACUACACGUACAAUGCCGAAGCCAUGCUUACUCUUUUCUGGGCUAUCGCGCUCACCUACACCGUGUUUAAAUUCGCACACUUUACAACUUCCAAACGCGUCAGGCAAAGAGCCAACCAGUUCGCGAAACUUGUGGCUAUUAUCCUGCCUGCUAUUCUCAUGGCUCUUCUUCGUGUACAAACGGUCCAAAACUCACAUAUAGCUUUCUUAAUACUCGCCAAUUUUAAUAUAAUGGUUAGCCUUACGAUUGGCAGUAUCCUACUAAUAGCUAUUCUCAUCAAAUAUAUCUAUACUCGACACCGACUUGUCUCAUGGAACGCCCGCUACUUAUUCUCGCGGAGGUCGCGGGAGUCGGGUGGAGAUAUCAAUGUGUUAGAACAGGGCGACGGCCGGCAAAGCAUAUACGAUCGCUGGCUCGUUUUGCGUUUUUCUAUCGGCUUCGUCGUGUUAGCGACUUUCCAAUUAAUAACCAUCUUAUCAGAGGUGGCCCAGCUAAGAACGCAUACAAGAGGGGAAUUGGGCGAAUAUGCGGACUUGUCCGCAGGCAAAGCCAGGACCGACUUCCUACAUUUCUUGGCAGGGGUUUCAACCAGUUUACUUGUUUUCGUCGUUUUCGGAACUACGCGCACCUUCCGGCAAACGAUGUACAAGACUUUCAUACCGAGGAGAUUUCGCAAGCAACCAGCAGACGUAGAGACUCCAGUAGCCCCCGUCCCCGAUCGGGACAUUCUCGACGGAACUGAUUAUAUCCAAGAAUUCCAGGAUACAUCAAACGAAGGUUCUUCCGACACGCGGAUGAAGAACAUGAAUGGAGCAGCAGCAGCGACAGCUGCCAAUGAGAAUGGGUCAUAUUCGUCUCUGCCAAUUACACCACCUCAUGGAGGCGAAGUGUGAAAUUAUAAACUCUAAUAAAUGUCUUACACUUAUAUACUAGGAGUCAGGGUCGGCAUCAUAUGAUUUGGUAGCAUUAGUUGGCUAAGGGUUAGGCGUCGACGAAAAGAUGGGAUAUAGGGUACGCAUAGGGACGUGAUACGAAAAAGGAGUUCAUACUAUUGGGCGCUGUUCGGAAUCUGGAUAAAUGAUGAUACCCCCUUUAUUUCUCUUAUCCAUGAUUAGCUAUGUUUUCAUGUAAUUCGUUCAAGCAAUGGGCUACGAUUGUUCCUACAAGAUUAAUUCAAAGAAAAUACACCAGUUCUGAUAUAAGCUGACCAGAUUGUUAAAGGUGGCGCCGACGUAAUUAGCG